AUGGGCGACACUUUCUUCCACCGGUAUCUCUUCCGAUCUAUGGUUUUCCUUCGGAUGGUGACGUUAUCCGUGUUCGUGCUUACACCGGCGACAAACAUUCACCACUUUCAUGUCAAGUGGAUAUCAGAUCCGAAGGCAGAAGCGAACCCGUCUCAUGGGACGGUAAUACCUCUGGUCGAUGAAAAAGGAACCGUUUUGUGGGAGUCUCAAGUCUAUAUACCAUGUCUCAUCCGGUCCUCCGUGGUGAAGGUCUUUUCCGGCGAAGUCGCCGAGGCAUAUCCGGAGACAACGACCACCACGAAAACCGCCAUGGAAUCAACCCACAACGGAGGAUGGAGAUGCGAUUAUGAUGCGAAUCAGAAGAUCAGAUCAACAACAAGUAUGGGUUUACGCUACAAUCACAAAACUUCAUAUCUCUUUCUUCAGGAGAGUUCCCAAAUCUAGGGUCUUGCGAUGUAACGGAUGGAUCGCAGACUUUGACUUUCGAAAGCGUAAAAGAUGGUGCAUCGAUAAAAAGAAGAUGUUUCCCAAGCUAGAGAGUCACACAAGAUUGACGGAUACGACGAAAGCAACUAAGCAUAUCAUUCGGAUUGCGGCGCUUGAACUUUUUUGCUUUUUCGUUACAAAUCUAUUUGAUUGUGUUUAUAUCCUUAUGUUUUAACAAUGUAAU